AUGGAGAGGGUGAGAGGACAGUGUCAGGACAGAGACGAAGGUAAUAUAGCCUCUCUAGCAGGACAGACUCGAUCCGUGUUCCACCAUCUACUGUACCUGUUGCCAUGGCUUCAGCUGUUAUACCUGCACUGAGUGUGUUUCUCUGUGCAUUGGCUCUCAUUCUCUGCAGCAGUCCAGCAGAGGCUCAAGCAGACUUAGCUUUGGACUGUUGCCUGACGGUUAGCAAUCAAAGCAUCCCCAAGCACAUCCUCCUCAGUUACCACAAGCAGGUCAAAGGUGAUGGCUGCUCCCGUGAUGCUGUUGUGUUCAGAACCAGAAAAGGUAUUUUUCUUUGUGCCCCACCUGUUACUGAAGCUAAGUGGGUUGGACAGCUGAUCAAGUUUCUGGACACAAGGCUCAGGAAGUGCAAAGAAACCAAAUUUCAGGGGAAACGCUGUGAAGCUUUGAAGACUAUGUCUGUUUGAGUGAACACACACACACACACACACACACACACACAUUUCAAGAGACACAAGCAUACAUGAAUGGCAGCUAAUGAUGAUACUUACAUAUGUCACUAAGAAAGUGCUUUCUGUUCUUUAAUAAAUUGCUGAUCUUCCUCUUUUAGGAUUUCCUAAAUUAUCAAAACAUGCCGAAUUGUGUGAGCUGUAGGUUCUACUGUGUGAUCAGAUUAUUCACAAGUAUGCAAAUUAUUUUUAUAUAUAGUUUUCUUUUGUUGAUACAAUCAUCCUGUUACUUUACUAAUGAUAAUAAAAAGGUUGUCAAGGACA